AUGGACUUGCAGGCGUUGACUGGGAAAAAUACUGCCUACUUUUACCUACAAUUCAGUCGCUCGGAUGGGAAGGCGUUACGAAAGAUCAUCACGGGUUUACGGCCGCAUGAGGUCAUUUUGGUAGGUGCUACGAGGUCUGCUAUCGAUGCAAUGGUGGAUCACUGUCGCUCUGACCUCCAACUCAAGGAUGAGGUCAUUCACACGCCAUCAGGAAUGGAUGUUGUCAACUGUACUAAGGAGGGAGAUAUUUAUCAGGCACGGAUGAAAGACAGCUUGGUGACAGGUUUGCGCUUCACCAAGAUCCGCGAGUAUGAGUUGGCCUGGGUAGAUGCUGACAUCCUAGAGCCGGAGGAGAAUAUGAACCCAACUAAUGCAAUGGAGGUUGGGGCUGAUGGUGAAGCCUCCUGGAUCACCACUCUUGCCUCCGAUGCCUUGCCCGUUCUAGCGCCACCCUCCGGCCCUGUCAUCGAUCAUCCCACUGUCUUUGUAAAUGAGCCGAAGCUAUCUGAUAUGAAGCAAUUAUUACUAAAUCAGGGUCUUCAGGCAGAGUUCGUAAGCGGUGUUUUGGUGGUGGACAAUUGUGUUUCUAUCAAACGCACAGAGACUGGUAGAAUGACCUUGGAGGGACUGAUAUCCCCCACCUACUUCAUUGUUCGGGACAUUCUCUAUCGUCAAUUCGCCAUCCUCUGA